CUUAUUCUACUGGUGUUAGUUCUCAACCAUAUUCAGUUGUUAUUCUCGAUUUUAAUAACGAUAGCCGAUUAGAUAUUGCUGUUGCUAGUUAUGGAACUAGUAAUAUCGGUGUAUAUUUUGGUUAUGGCAAUGGAAGUUUUAUGAAUCAACAGAUAUUCUCUAGUGGCUUUAAUUCACAUCCUUUUGCACUUGCUGUUGGUGACAUAGACAAUAAUAAUUUAACUGAUAUUAUUGCAACUAAUAAUGGAUAUGGUAAUAUUGAUAUUCUUAUGAAAACUUGCUAA